AUGCGCCGUAGUGUGAGACAAGUCACGGAAAAAGUGGGGAAGAAUUGUCUCGGCGACCAAGCUCGUUGGGAUAUUGACGAUUGUCCGGUGGAUUAUGCCCAGUUGCCCAAAUCGAUGUUAAUGCUUCGAUUUUCGUUUAGUUCAUCACGUAUGACUUUCUUGCGGCGAGGCUCAGUCCUGAGUGUGUUCCUGACUAAUGCAGUGGGAAAUUUCGAGCGGAAGCUGGCAUGCAAUGCUCAGGAGUCUCAGGAAACUACCGUGGUGUUCGAGUACUGUUACUACCUGAGACAAACCCUGCGAUUCGAAUUGCGAGGUCGGAACAGUUCCCCUCCGGAUUUCGCCGAAGUCGAAGUGCCCUCAAUUGUCUUGAGCAGUUCUGGAACAUUGAAUUUCACGGGAAGCGGUAACCUUAGUUUGGAUUACAUCGUAGAAGAACUGCCCGAAUCCAAGCAAUUGGUUUCUUUGACAUUCUGUGCCCGAAACUUGUGCACGGAAGGACUUCUGUGUUGGUGCCGACCUCCGACAGCCCGAUUAUCUCUGAUGAAAGACGGAGUCAUCAUACGGUCCACGGAAUGGUGUCGGGCUCGGAACCCGAAAUGGGCCCCAAUAACGCUGUCGGCAGUAGAACUCAUUACCCCGGAAUGCGAACCCGUCGACUACCAUCCAGAAGAUCAUCACAUCGUUUCCGUUCGGGGCUCCGAUUGCUUAAGAGUCGUGUGUCACGGACCCCGAGGCCUUUUCGACUCCAAACCCCAGGUGUAUGCUGAAUGGUUGACCGAUGCCCAAGAAUUGUUGUCUGGUUUGAGCUCGAGUGUCGGCACUUUGCACAAGGAUUACAACGGUGCGCGAUCGAAUCCGUUUUCCCUCCACUACGCAGAAGGAACGUGGCCGUCUUCUUAUCAAGCUACUUUGACCGCAGUCAGCUUAGUGAUCCAAACAUACUCGGAAAACGCGAAAUUCUACUUUUUCGGUUUCGGCGUGUCUGGGAGUGAUUUUUCGGUGCAAUUUCAAGAUAGUCCCGGGAUAUGCAAUGGUGUUACCGGAGUGUUGAAUGCUUAUAGGGCUUCCUUGGGGCAACUGGUGUCCUUGGGAUCUCCGUUCAUGGCCCCUGUUUUAAGGCGAUGUGUUGGGAUUGUGAGAGGUCGAGCCAAAGAAGGGCUUAAGUUUUUCCAGGUUUUCGUUUUGACCGCCGGUGUUGUUGCGGAUUUGCGGGAAUCUGAGUCUACUAGCUACGCCCUUUACGCGGCAACAGCCAACACUAGCACCACUACGGCAGCAAUGACUGCCAACAAGUGUUGGAAUUGGCGACCUCGAUCCAAGGGCGGCUGUGCAGUUUCUGUGGUGUCCUUCCGUGAUAUCUUUCUCGCACCGUGCAAUGAUGAUAACAACACGGACCUUCUCGGAGACGAAGCGUAUGCGAAUCGGUUAACGCGAAGUCUUCUGAGUUCUAUUCCCCAGCGAGUGGUUUCCUUUUAUGAUUCUCGAGAAGUGCAGAGGUGA